AUGGAACCUCCCUUUCCCUACUCCUCGUCUCCCCCCUCCCGCUCUUCACCGUUUUCCUCUUCCUCUUCUUCGGCGCUGUCGGCCUUGGACGACCCUGGAGACCACGAACUUCAUAACCGCGACUCGGAGAUGGUUGUUUGCUACAGGCUUGACCUAGCGCCGAUCUUGCCGGACCCCCUGGGCAUGCAGACUGUGUCGCUUUGCUUUCACAACAGGUCGCCCUGCUCUGACAAUGCUACCGUCGUCCAUUUCACCAGGGACGACAUCGUCGUCACCACCUCGCCUGACGAUCCCGACACCCACGAUGCCGAACAAGGUUAUGUCAUCAGUUUCGAUCCUGUGAUCGUCGUCUCGGACGCCGUGGAGAUUCCGAGGCACCCUUACGUAUCCAGACUCACGUGGCGUGUCUGCGCCUCCGUUCUUAUUGCCUUGUUGGUCGGCAUGGCAUGCAGUGCCCUCAUGGCACGGUGUCAGCAGUUCUACUACCAAACCCUGGCAGAGCUGCCCCCCCGACGGGUCAUGAUGGUCGAAGCCCUGCAUAACGUCACCAAGGCGUACGAUGCCUCAGUGAGUUCUAUCAACAUGGUCCACCUCCAGACUGCGGCGGGAGAAGAGCACGUGUUCUGGCCGACGGUCGCCCUAGAUGAAUACUUGAAAGAGGCCAUAGAGCUCUGCUACCGGGCUAGCCAAGCGGAUCCGGAAUCAUCGAGGCAGUGGUGCCGGGUGCUCGUGGAUCAUCUUACCGUCGCCCACGACAACCUCGUCAGCGCCAGUGUGACAACCGGCUACAUGGCCCCUUGGUUCUUUAGAAUGCUGUUUCACGUCCGGGACACAAUCACGGCGAUUGAGCUAGCAAGGGACAAGUUCCCUCCCUUUGCCGGUGAGAGCAGCGUUAGUGGGAAGACCACCGCCGAGGAGAUCUGCGACGCCUUUCUCGACCAGAUGCCCUCCUGGAACGAGACGACGGCAACGAUGGUCACGACGCUCGAGGGCGCCCACGCUGGCAUCGUCGCCGCCUCACUGGUCGCGCCAGCCAUAUACGAAAAGUUCAUCGUCGCCGUUGGGCAGGCCGUGGGAAACACCUCGGAACCACCUCCGUGGUGGGUGGAAGAUGUUCUGUAUUCUUUGACGUACCUCACAUCAGACCACCAACAGGACGCUGAGGCGGUUGCCGAUACCACCGCCAAGGCCAUCGCAGACAUCAAGGCGGCCCACUCGAACCUGGCCGACUUCGCCAACUACCUAGAGCAGGUCAAGGCGGGGGCGAAACCGAAUGGAGCGUUGUGGUACUUUGACAACUGGGACACAUUGCUACUGGAGCUAGAGGAGGUAUCGUGGAAUGUGAAGAGAAGGAUAGGGGAGUUUUCCGAAAUUGCCUCGGGCCGCCAUUUGCGGAAUCGCAAAGGGCUUCGGCCGAGUGAGAGGCGUUGGCAAGCGCUUAAACGCCAGGUUACGGAGGACCAGAGCAUCCUCGAGUGGUUCUUCCAGUGGUGGGGAGGGGGCUAG